AUACUUUGCUCGCUUUGCAAAGAAAAAAAAAAAGGAAAGAAAUACUUUGCUCGCUUUCUAGAAAAAUAAAAAUACUUUGCUCGGACAAAAAGGCUUACGCGACGCCUCCACUGUCUUUUCUCCGUCUUCUCACACCAUUUCGCAAAUUCUCAAAAACUUUACACAACACUUUUUCUCGCUUUCUCAACACCCUAAAUCCUCCCGAUCUAUUACAACCUCCGAUCAGAAAACAUUCCCCCCCCCCCGGCGGCGGAGGAUGUCGUUUGAGUAAUGGUGUGAGAAGUGAUUUGUAAUCAAUGGGCGUAGUAGCUGAGGCGUGGAGGCCGCCGCCUCAGCUCAACAAGAGCGGCGGCGGCGGCGGCGGGGGGUUAUGGAAGUGGUGGAGAUCUUUGUUGUCGGGUGGUGGUCAGCACAAGAGAAGCGUAAUGUGGUGGAAAUGGGUUUGCGGUUUCAUGCUUUUCUCCUUAGCUGUCAUCUCUCUCUUCACCGGUCAUGUUGUCUCCCACCUCGAGUGGGCCCAGCAACUAAGCAAACGCAGCUUACUUGUAUGGGAUAUGAGCCGUAAGGAACCAAUUGAUGUGUGGAAGUCAAAGUAUUCUAAGUUCUUCUAUGGAUGCAGUGACAGAGGAAAUAACUUCCCACCUGCUGUUCAGGAGCAUAAGUCUAAUGGGUAUUUGCUGAUUGCAGCUAGUGGUGGUCUCAACCAGCAAAGAACAGGAAUAACAGAUGCAGUGGUUGUUGCACGGAUUCUUAAUGCUACUCUAGUUGUACCUGAGUUGGAUCACCAUUCUUAUUGGAAAGAUGACAGUGACUUUAAUGACGUUUUUGACGUUAACUGGUUCAUCUCUUCCCUCGCAAAAGAUGUGACUAUAGUAAAGAGAGUUCCUGACAGAGUCAUGCGCUCCAUGGAGAAACCUCCUUACACCAUGCGUGUGCCUCGGAAGUCUACUCCUGAGUAUUAUCUCGACCAAGUUUUGCCAAUUCUCUCGCGGAGACAUGUGUUACAAUUGACGAAAUUUGACUACAGACUAGCAAAUGAUCUAGACGAAGAGAUGCAAAAGCUGCGCUGCAGGGUCAACUAUAACGCUUUAAGAUUCACAAAGCGCAUACAGUCAGUAGGAAUGAAAGUGGUCAAGAGGAUGAGAAAGAUGGCCAAACGUUUUAUAGCUGUCCACUUGAGGUUUGAGCCUGACAUGCUAGCCUUCUCUGGUUGUGACUUUGGCGGUGGUGAAAAAGAGAGAGCUGAGCUGGCAGAGAUAAGAAAACGAUGGGACACAUUGCCUGAUCUGGACCCUCUAGAAGAAAGAAAGCGUGGGAAAUGCCCACUCACCCCACAUGAAGUGGGCUUAAUGCUGCGUGCACUCGGUUUCGCCAAUGACACAUACAUCUAUGUUGCUUCUGGAGAGAUAUAUGGUGGUGAAAAGACACUGAGACCACUCAGAGAGCUGUUUCCAAACUUUUACACCAAGGAAAUGCUUACCAAUGAUGAGCUCAAGCCUUUGCUUCCCUAUUCUUCACGCCUUGCUGCCAUUGACUACAUAGUCAGCGACGAAAGUGAUGUCUUUAUUACUAACAAUAAUGGAAAUAUGGCCAAGAUUCUUGCAGGUCGAAGGAGGUACAUGGGGCAUAAGAGGACCAUAAGGCCAAAUGCGAAGAAGCUUAGUGCUUUGUUCAUGGACCGGGAAAAGAUGGAGUGGCACACCUUCGCCAAGAAAGUGAAAUCUUGUCAGAGGGGAUUCAUGGGUGAUCCUGAUGAGUUCAAACCAGGACGCGGUGAGUUCCACGAGUACCCGCAAGCUUGCAUUUGUCAGAGACCCUUCUCUUACGACAAAGCCUCAACGGAUGAUGAUGAUGAAGACAUACCAGAAGAGGUGCACAACAACACCAGCUCUGGACAUGGACAUUUGUCUUCAGUAGACAAUGAGCGUGACGAAGUCUUCCCAGACUAGUUGAUUGGUUCGCUGGAUUUUACUGUAACCAGCUGUUGUAAGGAGGUUGAUCAACAACAACAUGUAGAGGAGAGAGGUAUAGGAGCUUCCCCAUGUAGCUACUUGUUGCUUGAAAGUGUUUAUAGAUACUUCUAUCAAAUAGGCAUAUACAUAAGUCACCUCUCUGUCUUUGCUUCUUUCUGGUUUUGAAAAACGCCAACUAAAGUAUCUCUGGUCUUGUAUUUUGUCUUAUAUUAUUACCUCAAAUCUAGAUUUUUUUUUGGUC